AUGGAGUUGAAUUUGGUUCCGGCCGGUCCCAUAACAAGCUGCAAAUACAGCUGUGCCGCUGCUGUUCGCAACUCAUUCCAACUUCUCACCACCACUCUCCUCAGCCUCCUCCUCCCUCUCUCGUUCCUCCUCCUCGCCCGCCUCUCCACGUCUCAUUACCUUCUUUCCGUCUCCGACAGUCACCCUACAGCGCAGGCCGCCGCCCCUAAUCUCUUGUGCUCGCUCUUCUUAUACACUAAGACUCCCACAAUUCUCCACAUACUAGUUUCUCUAGUUACUGUAUCGUCUUUAAUCCACGCCUUGACAGGUAAAACCACAAUAUUCAUCGGCCAUAAUUCGCAUCACCAGCCGCCCGUAACACGAUCGCGCUUAUGCGGUGCCUGGGUUCUUCUCUGCCUAUUUCAACUUUGCGUCGGCUUGGGAGUCGAAGGAAGCAUAGCCUCCGGGAUUGAUGGCUCGGGUUUUGGACAACAGAAUAGUUUCCUUGGCCGGAUUACAUUCUUUUUCGGCCUGCACGAGACUAUGAUGUUUUGGGGGGAGUCAGUGUUGAAGCCGGUGGUGGAUGACACAAUCUUUGGCUACUCGAGGUCGAGGAAAGAGGCUGGGAUGGCAGGUAAGGUGGCUGUGGGGCUGAGCUACGGCGGGUUCUGGUGGCGGCGGCUGAGGGAUGAGGUGGAGUCCCUGGUAAUGGUGCCAGAGCUGAAGCGUGAGCUUGAGAUGCCAAUAUGCGCGGCGGACUUUAUGGGGUGGUGGUUGUAUUAUCUGACGGCCUCUAUUGGAAUGAUUAGGCUAGUCAAAGGUUCGGCUCUAACGCUCCUGAUUUUGGUACGAAGACGGAGGAUCAUCCGAGACUGUGACAGUCAUCGGCCGGACGAUGAGAAGGUUUGA